CAAUGGCCUCUUCUUGUGUGGUUGACAAACCUGGGUUCAGGGCCUACAGGUUCUCACACGCUAGCUGCCCCACCUCAGUGGUGUUCCCUAAUUUGGCAGCCUCGUUUCCAAAAUGGACUUCGCUUAGUAUUAAGGGAUCCUGAAAUCCUGCAAACCAAGGAGGAAGAAUUCCUCGAAGCACUUAGGUGGCACUUGCCAUAGUUUCCAGACACAACAGCCACAUGGACAAAAGAAGUGGUGAAAUCUACAUCAUAAAUCAGAAUACAACCUGGGAGAAGCUGCUGCUGAGAGCUCAAACCAUUGUUACCAUGGAGAGCACUGCUGAUGUCAGGAUCAUCUCCUCUAGGAACACUGGAGCUUCACAGAGUUACUGCUGCCACUGGAAUCCUUCCCAUUGCUGGUUGCUUCAUUCCUAGGCCCUUCAUUAACCUGUUUCAAGCCACUUUGCAGGAGUCAUGUCUUCUAGCAGUGACUGGUUCCACAACUGACUAGCAAUCCCUUGCAGAGACCUCUCAUGUACACCAUUUCAUGCAGCAGGAGAGCUCCCGCCAACAGUGUGAUGGUGUGAAUGAGGACUGACCUAAAGGAGUGAGAAGGAAGUGGAUGGGCCUGCUGCAAAGGUUGUGACCAUGGAGGAAGGUCAGGGUGUAUGUAGGGUCUGUGCCACCUCCUGAGUUCACUGUCGCUCAGCCUGGGGUGGCAGACUGAUCUGAAGAUAUGUAGGAGGCAGCUGAGCCUAUUCCCUGAAAACUGGAGUGCCAAGGCAGCUACUGGGAACUGAUCUGUAAUUCUCACUGCUCAGGCCACUAAAUGAAUUGGAAUGGAACAGGUCUCUUCUGCAAACUCUUAAGCAUAAAUGGAAAGAAGGUAGAUGGAAAAUAAAGUUUCUCAAAAAAAAAAAAAUACCUUGAGUAGAGAGGGAGAGUAAAGUUAAGUCAGGAAGGAAGCUGGUUUGAGAAGCUGAACCAAAGCCCAAUCCAAGCCCAGUUCAAUUACUUCCUUGAGACUGUUGUUUUCUGUGCUGAAAGAUUAAACCCAGGUUCUGGGAUGCAUAUUGAAUAGAACUGUUGGGCAAAUCAUUGUAUUUCCAUGUUUGAGAGAUACAUAGUAAUCCUUUAUUGGCAUUCCCUUCCUGCAGGAAACCUGGAGCAAACAUCAAAAGUGCUCUGGGGUCCUCUGAUGUAAAGAAAACAUGGCUUAUCCUUGGUCUUAGGGACUCAAGUUCAGGAACCAGAAACCUGAACCGUAUGUGGCUACAUCUUGCUCAGUAUGUCAGGAGGAAUAAGGGACUCCUAUGGUUAUUUUUGUUUUCUAACAGGGUCUUGCUAUGUAGAACAGACUUGCCUGGAACUCACAAUCCUCCUGUCUCAGACUCCUGAGUGCUGGAAUUAUGGUGCUCCAUCAUGCCAGGUCUAUGGCUAUGGCUAUUUCCUAGCACAAUAAAUAAGUAAAGGAGCCCUUAGGGUCCUGAUUAGAUACUACAAACCAUGAAAGCAAUUUAAAGUCAUCUGCUCAGCAGCAUACACACACCUGUCUGGUGAGCACUUCUCAUGUCCUUUCAAAGCCUAAGCAUAUAAAGGGGCUAGAAAAACAAUGUUUAACUUUGGGACAGGACUAAAGCUGACUUUCUUCUCUUCUUGCUAUCUUUCUUUCUUAAAAUUUUUAUUGCAUUUCUGUGUGCAUAGGGAGCAGGCAUGCGGAGUCGGGACAGCUAUUGUAAGUCAGUUCUCACCUAUCAGCGACUAAAUUCCGAUUAUCAGGGUUGUCAGCAAGUGCCUUUACCCAUGGAGCCAUCUCCACUGCCCUUUUUAUUUUCUUCCAGUUUUUUUUUUUUAAAUCAGCUAUGUAUCUUGAUAUUGGAAAUUUUUGAAAACUUAAAAAGUAACUAUUAUUGCACAAAAGCAAUAAGGCAGUUAAAGGUAGAACAUUGAUGAAAAAAACUUUUUUUUAAUCACCCUUUGUCUCUGAUAAAAUUAAACAACAACAACAAAACCUACAAGCAAAUAGGAAAGACACAUAGUACUGGUACCCUGGCUAUCAGAUCAAUCAGUUAUCGGGUCAGUGGAACUGGUUUCAAAUAGGGGCUUUUCUACAUUAAAUGGUUGCUCUGGAGGAUUCUGCUGUGGCUGAGCAGCAUGAUAAAGCUCAGUUCUCUGUUAAACACUUCCAAAGGCCUCAGCAGGGACGUGCUGGGCAAGAUAAAAAGGCACCCAGAGAAUCACCCUGGAUACACGACCCUGUCCAUCUACACUCUUCCAAGAUUUCACAAUCAGCAAACCCCUCUGAAGAAAAUAGAGGCCCUUUGUACCAUCAUUACAAGAAGAUAAAGAUAAUAACCCUAUUUAGUGUUUUGUUUUUAAUAGAGUUAAUAUUUUUGAGUAAGAAAGAUGUUUUCCUGAACAUUGUAUUUGGGUGAAUUAACAGAUAGAUAAACCAAGUUCCUUAUCUGCGGCUCUAAAUAUUUCACAUUGCAAUCCAUUGUUUCAUGUAGCAAUAAAACAACACUGAAACAGUAACAAGUAGAGAAAAGGCCUGUUUCCCCUUAAUAAUUAAUGUGAGAAGAACACACCUGCUUGCUUAGGUCCUGCAAAAAAUGGUUUUAAUACAGGGUCACAGAAAAUGCAAAGGUUUUAUGGCCCACUAUAAACCAGCUCUUUGUCUUUUCCCACUAAUUCCUUAGUGUCACAUUUAACAAAACGAGGAAACUGCAGAUAAUAGCAGUGUUUGCAGAUUAGACUCACAAGUCAUAAAUAACAUAGGGUUUUGUUCACCUAGAGAUAUUAAGGCAGCUUAUCAAUGCUUAGGCCCUUCCCCUUUGUAAUGAUUGCUAACCCAGGCAAAUGGAGCAAAUGGGGUUUCCCCCCUCUGUCCUCUCACCCUGACAGAGUACACAUUCAUAAGAUCCUGUUAUCAGAGUCCAUGGUAUAAAGAGUACGGUGUCACCGAAACUGUUGCUUGCUACCCGCAACCUUCUGUGUUAGAAGAUGCAUUUGCUUUGCGCUUGUCUUCUUUGGUUCUCUCUUAGCAAUGGCCUCAGCGCUGACUGUCCAGGGCGAUGUAGCUGUGAGUCCAUGCAGUUUGUACAAUGCUACAGGCUCAUGGAAGUACCUUCAGGCAUUCCUUCCACCACCAAGAGUCUCUACAUUAGCCACAGCAAAAUCCAGCACCUUCAGCUGUCUAACUUCACUGGACUGUUGGCUCUGGAAGAUUUUAUUCUGCUGGCCAGUGGAACAGAGUCUGUAGAAAAUGACACGUUCAAAACUUUGAGUACUUUAAGAACCCUAGAAUUUUGGAAAAAUAAAUUGAGACGAGUCCCCAGUGCUCUCCCAGCCAGCCUCGAAGUGUUAAAAUUAAAUGAGAAUUCGAUAUGUGCUCUACAUGCAUCAGAUUUUGAAGGACUGAAGAAAUUAAAAGUGCUUGAACUUAAAAACAACUUGAUCUCUUCCCUGUCUCCCAGCAUGCUCCCCUCACUCAUCAGUCUGCGAAGUUUGAUGGUGGAUGGAAACAAUAUAGAGUCGCUAGCUGGACCACUCAGCCUUCCACAUCUGAAGUACAUGAGCGUGGAGAACAACAAACUCCAUCUUAUACCAGGGAACGUCUUCACUUCUCUGCAGAAUUUGCAGUUUCUCAGUUUCAGUGGUAACUUUCUGACUAAAAUUCCUACAAAUCUACCCAAAUCCUUGCUAUCUUUAAAGAUGGAGAGAAACCAGCUCAAAGUCGUUAGAUUUCGAGAUGUGAGACACUUGGAGAACUUGUCCCGUCUUUACCUGUCAGAGAACUUCCUGUCUUCCAUUGACGGGGUGCAGCUGCUUACCAAUUUAACUACUCUUGAGGUCUCCCAAAACCGGCUUCAGACGUUGCCUCCCAGGCUACCGGCAAGGUUGCAGAAACUUGACUGUAGCAGUAACUUCAUUCAGAAAGUGGCAGCACCAGAGUUCCAGGACCUCCGAGACCUGAAGCAUCUGUUCCUAGACAACAAUGUCGUCAGCGUGUUUGAGGCUGGAGCCCUUCAGAAGUGUUCUCAGCUGUCUAACCUGGCCCUGGAGCAAAAUCUGCUGUUGUCCAUACCUCUGAGGCUUCCUAAGACCCUGGCUAGGCUGGACCUCAAGGGCAAUGCCAUCCAGAACAUGUCUGAGAGGGAGCUCAGGGACCUCAAACUGCUUCAGGUUCUCAACCUGAGGAACAACAAGAUCUCCGCCUUAGACCUCAAGGCGCUGGAGGGGCUGCCUCGCCUCAGGCACCUGUACCUGGAUGGAAACCCCUGGAACUGCACCUGCAGUGUCCUACGAGCUAGGGAGGUACUGAAGGCCAAGGGUACGGACGUGAAAGGAGGACAGUGUGCGGCCCCAGCAGAGCGACAAGGGGAGAGCUGGAUGUCUUCCAAGAAGAUCGUGAGGCAAUGCGAGCAUCACUUACACCAGAACGAGAAAAGCAAAGAGAACAAGAAGAAAUUAAAACUGGAAGACUCUUCCAGCAGCAGACUCAGCAUGGACGACGACGAUGACGAUUAUGAAAUAGAUUAGAGAUAAGCUUUGUUUUCAGUUUAGAAAAAUGAUUUUUAAUGUUCACUCUUAAGCAGAAAUGCGCCAUCAUUUAGAUAUGCAAGCCACCUUUGUAAAUGUUUUUUUUUUUUGUUAUUUUUGAAGAUGAAAUAAGGGUUAAGAUUAGUUUAAAUGCGGGAGAAAAGAAACAAUAGAUGUGUUUCCCAUUUUGAAACAGUUUGUGUUUUAGUCUGCAACCUAAGCAAAUAAUGUCAAAUAAAAUUAUCAUUUAAUCAA